AUGCUUCCCACCAUCACCACCACCCCUUCGCCGCCUCCCGUCACCACCGGCCGCCACCACCUCACAGCCAAGAAACCGGCAAAACUCCAACUCCAAAUCUCCCUCCGCCUUUGUAGUUGGCUCGUUUUCACCGCCUUUCUUCAAUUCCUUUUCUUUAACUUCCUCCGAAAUUUCUCCUCCUCUUCAACAACUGACGAUCCUUCGUGCCCCCUCGGCAAAAUCCACGUAUACGACCUCCCGGCCUCCCUCAACCGAGCCUUCCUCGACGACUGUGCCAACCUCGACCCGUGGUCAAACCGAUGCUCCGCCUUCUCCCACUUCGGCUUUGGCCCACCGGCCGACUCCCUUCGAACCCUCGUCCCACCGGACCUCCUCCCCGCGUGGCGGUGGACCGACAUGUACUCCGGCGAGCUCAUCUACCACUCCCGACUCCUCGACUCCCCAUGCACCACACCCGACCCAAACGAGGCUUCCGCUUUCUACAUCCCCUUCUACGCCGGCCUUGCCGUCAGCCGAUAUCUCUUCGCCAACUACACAACUGCGCAACGCGACGCGCAUGCGCUCCGGAUGCUCGACUGGGUCACGACCCGCGAACCCUUCCGGAGGUCCAACGGGACGGACCACUUCAUCAUGCUCGGCCGACUCACGUGGGACUUCCGGCGCCUCACGGAGAACGACGACGAUUGGGGCACAAAGUUGAGCCUAAUGCGGCCGAUGAGAAACGUGCUCCGACUCUUGGUCGAGCGGAGCCCGUGGGACCCGCUUGAGGUUAGCGUGCCGUACCCGACCGGGUUCCACCCGAGGACCCGGUCAGACGUGGACUGGUGGCAAGGGUUCGUUCGCGAGAAGGAGCGCGCGAGCCUAUUCACCUUCGUGGGGGCAGCUCGGAGGAAAAUUAAGAACGAUUUUCGAGGGUUGUUAAUCGACUACUGCAGGGGAGAAGAACAUGGGAAAUGUCGAUUGGUCGAUUGCGCGACUAGCAAGACAAAAUGUGACGAUGGGGUCCCGACUAUAAUGGAGGCAUUCUUGGGCUCUGAUUUUUGUCUGCAACCGAAAGGGGACGGGUCAACUAGGAGGUCGAUGUUCGAUUGCAUGCUUGCGGGGUCGAUACCGGUUUAUUUUUGGAGGGAAAGUUUCGAGAGUCAAUACGAGUGGCACUUGCCGGAGAAUGCGUCGAGUUACUCAGUUUUUAUCGACCGGCGGGCCGUGAGGAAUGACUCGUCGGUUAUAAGGAGGGUUUUGGAAGGGUAUAGUCGAGAGGAGGUGAGGAGAAUGAGGGAGACGAUAGUCGGGUUUUUGCCGAGAAUGGUGUAUUCGAUGACCGAUACGUCUUUUUCGGUCGAGGGUUUUAAGGAUGCGUUCGAUGUAGCCAUGGAAGGAGUGUUGAGAAGGUUCAAGGAAGGAAAAAAGAUGAGGGAGAAGAGAAGUUGA